CAGUGUUAACGCACACGUAGCGCGCUCGCAGUUGCUACUAGUGCUUACAAGUGUUCAACAUGGUGAAGUUCGAAGGAGAUUUUAGUAUAAACGCUAUACUAAUGAAUCAUGCGGUAGCCAAGUCGCCACCGUCACCUACCACAUCGUCGACGGCUACACCUUCCGAGGAGGAUUUGAGCGACUCGGAGCUCGACGUCACGGGCACCGAACCCGUCGACUGCACAAAACCCAAGGAAGACGAAGAUAAGAAAGACAAGAAACACGAGAAACCGGCUUACAGUUACAACGCUCUCAUAAUGAUGGCGAUCCGCAACAGCCCCGAGAAGCGUUUAACUCUGAAUGGUAUCUAUGAAUACAUCAUGACCAACUUCCCGUACUACCGCGAGAACAGACAGGGCUGGCAGAACUCGAUCCGCCACAACCUGAGCUUGAACAAGUGCUUUGUGAAAGUGCCGCGGCAUUACGACGACCCUGGAAAAGGAAACUACUGGAUGUUGGACGCGUCCGCCGAGGAUGUGUUCAUCGGAGGCACGACUGGCAAGUUGCGUCGGCGAUCUGCCCUCAACGGUCGAUCACGACUCGCGUGUUUCAAGAGGCCUCUCUUCCCCGGCGCCCCUCUCACCGGCCCGUACCCGCCUGCUACAUAUUCUCAGCUGGUCGGUCUCUACUCUCAACUCCUGUACCAGAGAUACGCGCCAAUGCAAAUGAAAACGCCACCUGUCACACCAAGUGCAGUUCAUCCAGCGUUCCGGGGUGAAAUGGGUUAUGGCAGCCUCCCAUACUCCCCAGCUAUGUACGCAGAGAGAUUACCUAAUUCUCCAUUCAUGAGCCAAUCGCCACUAUUGCAAAAUUCCUUACAAACGUCAGCGAUGUUGGCACAAACGUCGCCGCUGCUCCCACCAUCGCCGCCGAUGAUGGCGCACUCACCACCCACCUCUGGAGCGUCGAGCCCGGAGCUCCCAUCACCAUCUCACCACCCACUCACGCCGCAUAUCUACAAGCCGGUGACCGUGCUGACGCGACAGUGACUGCAGGCGCUUAGUAAUCUCAAAGAGGCUGACACUUGAACUAUCUGUGAUUUAGGUUUAGUUAGUUGCACCAGUUUCUAGAUUUAUCUCGUAAUAUCUAGUGUAAUGUUUUGCAAUAAUAGACGUUGUUGAUACCCGUAGCAUUCCGCUAUUGUUUGUUGCUGUAUAUUCUAUUGUGAAUGUAUAUGGUUUCCAAAGUGUAUAUUUAUUAAAUUAUUACGUUUAAGAUUCUAGAUGUAAC